UGAUCAAACACUGACUAAAAUAUUUACAUCACAUUUACAUUCUAGCUAGGUAGGAACAUGCGAUUGUUUCCAAAGUUUCUCCUAUCGUUCAGCCUGUUAGCUUUGGUGUUUCUGCUCAUUCACUAUCUGACCAAAAGCCCCACAAUCCAAAGCAACCUGGCACUCAUCAGUACCAACCACCUGUUGAAUAUCCCGUUUCGUUACUGGAUAAACAACGAAAAAGUGUGCAUUGAAGGUGGGAUUCUGGGUGUUUUUAUCGUAACUUCGUACUUUGGCAAUGUGGAAACCCGCAGCUCAAUGAGGAGGGCGUUUGGGGGUGAUGCCCUAAAAAAGCUGGGCCUGCGGCGAGUUUUCCUGCUGGGGCAUGCCCCAGGCGACAAAUACACCACGCAACAUGCGCUGGAAGAGGAAAACCGACGAUUUGGGGACAUUGUGCAGGGCACCUUCAUGGAAGCCUACCGCAAUUUGACCUACAAGCAUGUAAUGGGUCUGAAAUGGGCAGGCACUUAUUGCCCAAAUGCCCAGUUUGUGAUCAAAAUGGAUGACGACACUGUCUUGAAUAUGUACAGGCUGAAUCUACUGCUCGCCUCUCUAAAAGCUUUUGCUGAGAAAAGCUUCAUUGCUGGCUAUAAAUUGGACAAAAUGAAGCCGAUCAGGGACACGCAGAACAAAUGGUACGUUACCCAAGAGGAGUAUGCCGCCAAAAUCUACCCCCAAUUCGUCUCGGGGUGGUUUUACAUCACAACUCCUCAAGUUUCCGGUAGAUUGGCCAGUCGGGCCAAUCAAGAGAAGUUCUUUUGGAUAGACGACGUCUUCAUUACAGGCCUACUAGCAAAGAAGCUCAAAGUGAAACUCUUUGAUAUCAGCCAGUACUUUGCGGUGAACUCCGAGUACCUACAAUGCUGCCUUCAGGACUUCAAGCGGCAACUUGAUUGCGAUUUUUACGUGGGGCCCAACGGGGGCUACAUCGACAUGUUCUACCAGUUUAAUCACAAUUAUUUUACUCACUGCGUGGAACACAAAUGCAAGAGAAAGCACAGCCUUCCAAAUGAAUCUUGUGUGGCCGAGAAAAAGAUUAAUUUGGGGAGAGGAGCGCCCCUUAUCGAGACCUACCACCUCUAGACAACUCCCCAUGUAACAUGACUGUGAUAUUUUGAGAAUUUAAUUUUUUUUGUAUUAGUGGCCUAUUUUUAUAAUUACUGUUAUUAAUUAUACAGAGCUUUUACUGAAAAA